GGUGUUGGGAAAAACAAGAUUGUUGACAGAUUCCUUUACCUUUUAAACAGGCCCAGAGAGUAUUUACAGCUGCAUAGGGAUACCACUGUACAAAGCCUUACCCUACAACCUUCUGUUAAAGGCGGUCUUAUUAUAUAUGAAGAUUCACCACUGGUAAAAGCAGUGAAGUUCGGACAUAUUUUGGUAAUUGAUGAGGCAGACAAAGCACCAACAAAUGUUACCUGUGUCUUAAAAACUUUAGUAGAAAGUGGGGAAAUGGUUUUGUCAGAUGGAAGGCGAAUUGUUGCCAAUCAUGCUUAUGUAGAGGGGAGAGAAAAUGUAAUAGUUAUUCAUCCUGAUUUUAGAAUGAUAGUCCUAGCAAACAGACCUGGAUUUCCUUUCCUGGGUAAUGACUUUUUUGGCACAUUAGGGGACAUUUUUAGUUGCCAUGCUGUUGAUAAUCCCAAACCACAGUCUGAACUGGCUAUGCUUAGACAGUAUGGUCCUGAUGUUCCAGAGCCUAUUCUUCAGAAACUGGUGGCUGCUUUUGGAGAACUGAGGAGCUUAGCUGACCAAGGAAUUAUUAACUAUCCCUAUUCAACUAGAGAAGUUGUGAAUAUUGUAAAACAUUUACAGAAAUUUCCAACAGAAGGACUGGCAAAUGUUGUUCGAAAUGUAUUUGACUUUGACUCCUACAACAACGAAAUGCGUGAAAUUUUAAUCAACACUUUGCACAAAUAUGGGAUACCUAUUGGAGCAAAACCAACCAAUGUACAACUGGCCAAGGAACUGCCAUUACCAGAUCAUAAAUUUAUGGGCUAUUGGAAAGUCGAUCAGCCAGGGAAUGCACAACAGAAACUGCUGUGUCCAACAGAAACUCAAAAAAUAGAUGUAAAGGGACCUGUGUACUUAAAUAUCCAAGGAUUUCCACUGGAACGACAUGAAGCCAGGUCCCUCAGUUUUACAGAAGAACUCGCUUUUUGGACACUGCCUUUGGGUGAAGUUAACUUAGUUUGCGAUGUCACGGUAACAAAAGAAGAGGAAGCCGAAAAUGUUCUUUACGUUACUACGUGCAAUCCUGUUUCCUUGUACUUCAUGAACGUUUCUAGUAAGAGUGGAUACUUUGUGGAUCUUUAUGACCUCUUCCCAAGAACAGUUGGAAAUGUCUGGCAACCUUUUGUGACUGUGGCACUGCUGGGAAAUCCACUCAAAGGUCAAGUGGUUCUACAUGAAGAGGAGAGCAAUGUUGUGUUGUUGCUGGAUACAAACAAUGGUGCCCUUCGCCGACUUUUGCUCUUACCGGAUGCUCAAGAGACUCCUAAGAGAACAUCUUGGUGGAGCAGCAAAGAAGAGAUGAGCAACUACAAAAUGUGCCGAGAGUUUUCACACAAAAACUGGCUGGUGUUCUACAAAGAAGCAGGAAACCACCUUAUUGUACUGGAUGUAUUAGAGGGUCAAACUCAUACCAUCUCGCUUCCGAUCAAUCUGAAAUCUGUUUUCCUGGUGGCUGAAGACCGGUGGCUCUUGGUGGAAAAUGAAACAAAUCAGAAAUUUCUUUUAACCAAGCGUGCCCAUAUGGAAGCUGAAGACAGUGAGGUUUGCCAGCUGUAUGCAUUGACAGAAGAGCCAGCUGACAUGGGAUUUGGCUUAACAACGGCAUCAGAACUGUGUGUGCCGCAUGCAGUUUCAAGUGACCAGCUAUCUUCAGAAAACCUCAGUGCAGCUGUGGGACAAAAGAUCAGCUCCCCCAACAGGAUUUUCUCAGAUGAACAUAAUUAUGCUACUAUUGUUAUUGGUUUCCCAGACCUCUUGUCUCCUAGUGAAGUGUACAGCUGGAAAAGAAACUCGUCUCUGAGUCGCAAACGUGCUUCUCCUUCUGAUCCAUUUUAUUAUGGAGCCCGGAGGAAAACAGGAGCUGCAAAACAAACCAAUUGUGUAACUUUAUUGGCUUCUAAUCAAAUAGUCAGAAUUUUAGCACCUGGAGAUGUGCCUUUGAAAGACAUUUAUCCAAAAGAUGUCACUCCUCCACAAGCUGCUGGAUACUUGGAAGUAACAGAUCUUAAGUCAAAGAAAAUCAAAUACAUUGCUAUUCCUAGAUCACAGUCUCUCUCUCCUUAUACAUCUUGGCUCUCUAAGAUCUCAGACGCUGAUGCCCUGUUGGCACCAGUGGGCAAAGUAGGUUUGGUUAGUGUGGACCUGGGAGGCGGUGUGAGGCUUUGGGAGACGGGGCUGGACAGCCUCCAGCGGUCGCUGCAGGACUGGAGGAACAUGAUUGGCCAAGAAGAUGGUCGUCCUGUGCAGAUAACCAUUCAGAGGGACAGUGGUUUGGAUGUUAGCUCCCCCAAACAUGGAAAAGUGGAUCCAGACAACAUGCCACAUGUUGGUGGAAAUACUUGGGCUGGUGGAACAGGUGGGAGAGACACUGCUGGGUUAGGUGGCAAAGGUGGGCCAUAUCGACUGGAUGCUGGCCACAGGGUUUACCAAAUAUCUCAAGCUGAAAAGGAUGCGGUUCCUGAGGAGGUUAAGAGAGCAGCUCGAGAGAUGGGUGAAAAGGCCUUUAAACAGAGAUUGAAAGAGAUUCAGAUGAGUGAAUAUGAUGCAUCAACUUACGAAAGGUUCUCUGGAGCAGUCCGACGUCAAGUUCAGUCACUCCGCAUCAUCUUAGACAAUCUGCAGGCCAAGGGUAAGGAAAGACAAUGGCUGAGACACCAAGCUGUUGGAGAGCUAGAUGAUGCCAAAAUCAUUGAUGGGCUGACAGGAGAAAAAGCCAUAUAUAAACGACGGGGAGAACUUGAGCCACAACCUGGGAGCCCCCAGCAGAAACCUAAACGCUUGCGCCUGGUGGUGGAUGUUUCCGGUAGUAUGUACCGCUUUAACGGGGUGGAUGGACGACUGGAACGCUCCAUGGAGGCUGUCUGCAUGGUCAUGGAAGCUUUUGAGAAUUAUGAGCACAAAUUCAAGUAUGAUAUUGUUGGACAUUCAGGAGAUGGCUUCGACAUCGCCUUGGUUGGGAGUGACAAAGUUCCCAAGAACAAUAAGCAACGAUUAGAGAUUCUUAAGGUUAUGCAUGCCCAUGCUCAGUUCUGCAUGAGUGGAGACCAUACCUUGGAAGGGACAGAGCAUGCCAUUCGUGAAAUCGCCAAGGAAGAGGCUGACGAGUAUUUUGUUAUCGUCUUGAGUGAUGCAAAUCUCGAGCGAUACGGUAUUCAACCAUCAAGGUUUGCCCAGGUCUUGACCACCAACGCUCAAGUCAAUGCUUUUGCCAUAUUUAUAGGAUCCUUAGGAGACCAGGCAGAUAGGCUGCAGAGGACACUACCAGCAGGUCGAUCUUUUAUUGCCAUGGAUACCAAAGAGAUUCCCCAGAUUUUGCAGCAGAUCUUCACAUCUACCAUGUUGUCAAGUGCCUAAGCAUCACUGAUGUCACGGUGCGUGAAUUCAAAGAAGAAACCCACUCCUGCUGGAGAUAUAAACCCUAAAGCUGAGGAUAAACACAGUUAUUAAUAAAAUACAUACUGUUCUCUAAUCAGCAAAACGACUCAAAUCUGCAC